AUGAUGUCGGAAGGUUCAUCCCCAGAUCCAGAUUUACGUGAUGUCUUUCGACUACUUUACUCGGAAGAUGAAUGGAAUUUCCCUUCUUCCGACUCUGAAGGAGAUGAUGACGGAGAAAUACAUCCACCAUUGAACGAUCUAGCUCCUGAGAUUGAAGUAGAAAUCGUUGAAUCUGAUCUGAUGGAUGAGAUCUCAUCAAAUACAGAGAGGUAUACUAGAAAGAGAUACAUAGAAGCUUUAGAUUCUUUAUUAUCAUCUUCACCUUCUGUAUUUUCAUCUUCUUCAACUUCAACUUCAACUGCAUCACCUGGUCAAAACAAAAAACAAAGAAUAUAUCCUUGUCCUCCAUCAUCAAAUAACGGCAUAUCACAAAAUAUAAUCUUAUCAACACAACCUAUACCAUCACCACUUCCAUCUGCUCAGCUAUACGCUCCGUAUUCACCUCUGGCACUAUUGAGUAGAUUGAGAACAUAUCAAAUUCACACAUAUCCAUAUCCACUUUUGAAUGGCGAUACAAAUACUUUGUCGCCUCUUAACGCUUCUUUAAAAGGAUGGUACAACCAUUCCAGAAAUACGCUGAGAUGCGGUUCAUGUCAUUCAGCUUGGAGUAUUAAUGGAUUAGAUGAUAUUACAAACGAACAAGUUAGAAUAGAAGUUGCGAAGAGAUUAAGUAAAGGAUUUCAAGAUAAUCAUACAAAAACUUGUCCUUGGAAAACAAGAUGUUCACCUGCCAAUCUAUACGACCAACUUCGAAACUCACUACAUCCGUUAAUCACUUCUCACUUAUCCCCACUCUCACAAAUAUUGAACCAAUCGAUAAUCUCACUAUCAUCAAUAUCACUCACAUCCCCUCUAAAUCCAAUACAAGAGUCAUCUCUAUUGCAAUCGCUGUCGAAUCAUUCUUCCUCUGUAUCAUCCUCAUCAGCUAUUUUAGCUUUAUUCGGAUGGUUUCCUUACUAUCCUAAUGCCCCUUGCACUAAAGUGACAGUCGGAUCAAACCCAGAAACAGAUAUAAUACAUUGCAGGAUCUGCCAAAGGCGUAUUGGACUUUGGUCAUUCCUCGACAUCCCUUCGGAACAAAAUGACAAGGCUAAAAGAAAAACACUAGACUUAGUUGAUGAACAUUUGAACUGGUGUCCAUUAUCUGGAUAUAGCAAGGAAUGGUGGGAAGGAUGCCUUUUGAUAAGAGAGAAAAGCCCUGCCUUGAUAGGUGGUACUAUAAAGAAAGAUUGGGUAAUAUUGAGCGACAAAUUGGAAAAGAAACCUUGGCGUAGAACCAAGAUAUGA